CAAUAUUUGGUGGCNNNGGCAACUGGAGACAAAACCAUUACCUAUGAUAAUUGUAUUACUCAAGGGUUUUUUGCCUUCCUUCUUGGUGCAUCUGAAUUUUACUUGCGGGCUGCUAUGUCCUAUGACCGCUAUGUUGCCAUCUGUAAGCCCCUGCAUUACACAACCAUCAUGAACAGUAAGAUCUGCAUUCAACUUGUCUUCUUUUGCUGGCUUGCUGGAUUCUUUACCAUCUUUGUACCUCUCCUCUUAGGCCUAAAGCUUGACUUCUGUGCCUCCAAAAUUAUUGACAAUUUCUACUGUGAUACAACUCCCCUGCUGCAGAUCUCCUGCUCAGACACACAGCUCGUUGAGACCAUGGGGUUCAUUUCUGCAUCAAUGACACUUGUGGUCACAUUGCUAAUGGUUAUAAUUUCAUAUGCUUUUACUGCCUUAACAAUUCUAAAAAUCCCUUCAAGUAAGCAGAAGAAAAAAGCUUUUUCAACAUGUUCUUCUCACAUGAUUGUGAUAUCCCUCUCUUAUGGCAGCUGCAUCUUCAUGUAUGUUAAACCUUCAGUGAAACAAAGAAUAUCUUUUUCCAAGGGAAUUGCAGUGCUCAAUACUUCCGUGGCCCCACUAUUGAAUCCUUUCAUCUAUACUUUAAGGAACCAGCAAGUGAAAAAAGCUUUCAUGAACAUGAUACACAGGGUUGUUUCUUUCUCAAGUAAAUGA